AUGUCACAAUGUCUGCUCGUGGUCUCUCCAAGAUGUCUGCCUCUGGUCUCUCCUAGAUGUCUGCCCCAGGUCUCUCCAAGAUGUCUGCCUCAGGAGUACCGCGCCUGUAACCUGGAGUCCUGUCCGGAGGUGCGCAGGAACACGCCAUGGACGCCCUGGAUCCCGGUGAACGUGUCCCAGGACGGAGCACGGCUGGAGCAGAGGAGCCGCUACACCUGCCGCGCCCUGCUCCCCCAGCCACAGCUGCUGCAGGCGGGAAAGAGGAAGACCGAGACACGCUACUGUCCCAACGAUGGAUCUGGGGCCUGUCAGACCGACGGUGCUAACCCCCCCCCCCCUCUGCAGGUGCUGCAGUAUCUGGAGCUGGACUACACUAAAGCAGGAAACCCCCGAGACCAGGCCUUCUACAGAACCAUCAUGGACGACAUCUUCAAGAAGAACGACCACAACCACGACGGACUGAUCAGCGCCAAGGAGUACAACAUCUACGACCACGACGAGCUGUAG